AUGGCCGUCCAGUCAACCCUUCGGCGUCCGGAGGAUCCCCUCCUAACAUUAUAUCGUCAUUACUCCGACCUCGUACGCUCUAAAUUCAACCGCACGUCCAAAACAACCCGCUUGAUUGCAACGAUAGCUCUUCUUUUCUCCAUCAUCGGCUCGGGUUAUGGAGGCUAUAAGUGGUUCCGAGGGAGAGCCAAGGAGCGAGCCAAAGGUCGUCGUCUAUUACGCAGGAACUCUGGUAUCCGUGGUAAAGAUGGAUCUCGUACUAUCUACGUGCCAUACAAGGACUCCCUAACCUCGAAGGUCUUAAUCCAUCCCACCAAACCGACUACCUUUGACGCGCAUCGACGACUAUUCCUCAACCCCCCGUCAUCGGCUCGCAGCAAAGAUGAUGGCUCGGCAAGCCAGAUUCCUCCUCCCACAACCAAGCCAGGUCUGAAUUUGGCAUUCCUGCAUCAGUUCUUGAGCUUGGGUAGUAUCAUGGUCCCGAGAUGGGGGAGCAAAGAGACUGGAUUGCUGAUGAGCCACGGCCUUUUUCUUUUGAUGAGAACAUAUCUAUCAUUGUUAAUUGCACGGCUUGAUGGUGAGAUCGUGAGGGAUCUGGUCGCUGGAAAAGGAAAAGCUUUCCUUUGGGGUAUCCUCAAGUGGUGUGGAAUUGGAACCCUUGCUUCAUAUACCAAUGCGAUGAUCAAAUUCCUCCAAUCGAAGGUGUCCAUCGCCUUCCGCACUCGGUUGACCCGGUAUAUCCACGACUUAUACCUAACCGACAAUAACAAUUACUAUAAGCUGAUGAACUUGGACGGUGGAAUCGGUCAAGGGCCCGAUCAAUUUAUCACGCAGGAUCUUACCCUAUUCUGCUCGUCUGCCGCAUCAUUAUACUCCUCAAUGGGAAAGCCGUUGGUGGAUCUUUUCGUAUUCAACUAUGAACUUUACCGCUCGCUUGGCCCCCCUUGCCCUGAGUGGCAUUUUGGCUGGGUACUUCAGCACAGCCGUGGUGCUCCGGAAACUGUCGCCACCAUUUGGAAAACUUAA